CAUGUCGAACUUGCCAACACUUCAUUGAAGAACUGGGCGUUGCGGCGAGUUUACAUUCACAAGUUUGCCAGCAAGCUCCCAGUAUUUUCAAUUGCAUCAUAAGCACGCCUGGUUUCCCUGGAGUUGUGUGUUAGAAUUCAAGCGCGCGUCGCUUCGGCGGCAAAUUCGCUAGCGAGGGCUGUUUUUGCCACCUCUCGGAAAUUCGUGACGCACCGAAGUAGAGCAUCACUAUCAGUGGGGUGCCAAGCUUUCUUCCUGCUGCCUGACCUCACGGUCGGAGUCCGCAAUGGACUCCGUAGUGGGUCCCUGGCCGCUGCUGUUGUCGCCACAGUAUGAUAACUAUGGCGCCUCAGCAUCUGUCUCCCCUGUGGGCGGGCCCGUGCUGGUUGGGACGAAAAGGCAGCAUGGCCCACCAGCGCACUUGCCUUGCGCGGACAGAUACCGCAGCGCCCGACCGCUUGCGCGGCCCCGAUUAAGCGACGUGACCUCACAAUGCGAUGCCGCAGCUGGCACGGAGUCGGAGCAUCUGCUAUUUUCUUCAUGGCAGCAUUCGCAGAAGCUAGCGAGUCCGGCAGCGCCAGCUCCUGGGUCAGCUUCCAGCACGGUACCAAUUCUGCCAGCAGGCGCUUGGCAGUCAGGACGCCCGGUGUGCGGCACUGACCUUGCGCGUUACGGCGCCGUGUUCCGGCAGCAGCACGCAGGGCCUGGCGCGCAGCCAGCUGCCAAGCUGGUUGGCGUCUCUGACGGCCUGUCCGUGCAGCUUCAGCCAACUUACGUUGCGCCCAGCAGCAGCACUGCCACGACGGCAACAGCAUCCGCAGGCUGCCCCUGCUGCCACGAAGCAACGCAGCAGGCACUCACCGCGCCCGUCUGCAUACCGGCCUACUUUCAGUACCACUUCCUCCCGCAAGAGCAACCCGCGCAGCCGCUGCCCCUGCAGCAAUGUCGUGAGCCUGAGUACGAGCGGUGCUACGACAAGCCGUCCGCGCGUGCGUCUAAUCUUCUACCGCCACUGACGCUUGACCGCCGGCAACAGCCUCAGCACGUGCAAUGCGUGUACCAGCCGAUGCCGGCUCAGCAGCAGCCGGAGCAGUUGGUUCAAAUGCAGGUGUCGGCAGCGGCGGCUUACUGCCACUCGGCGGCAAACGAGGCGGCUGUGCCGUCCCUAAACCGCACGUCGUACUCGUCGUCGUAUGCAAGCACCUUGUACACGACCACAUCGUGUGCGGCGACGUCAUGCGACGACGACGUCACGCAGUGUCAGCCGCAGUUCAGCAGCCACCACGCCUUGGCGCAGAUGCAGCUGCGGAUGCAGGACCUCAUACAGACGCUGGCACCGGUGGUGUCGACGUGGCAGGCACUUGGGCCCGGGUCUGUGCCGGAGCCACAGCCGUGCGGCUGCGUGCAGCACUCCACGUACUCGCAGCUGGACGACUUCGCCAGUGCAGUUGCGCCGCCGCAGGAGGUGGAGAGGCAGUGGCGGUUCCAGCGCACCCAACCGCCGCAACAACAGCAUCAGCAUCAGCAGCACCAGCCUGGGGAGCCGUACGACCUGCCGUGGCUAAUGACCCCUUUGCCGCCGGCACCUGUCCGUGCCCCUGGACAACCCAGUCGCUUUCAGCAAGCACACCCGCAGCAGCGCCACCAGGUUGCACGGAUGCAGCCACAACAGGACGACGCGAGCUCGGCGUUCCAGUGGCAGGCGCAGCCGGUGCCGCAGCUGCCGGUGCCACCGCCGUACCAGCAGCCUGCCGCGCUAACGUCGCACACGCUCCGUCAUUUGCUGCUGCAGCAACAGCCGCACUGGCAACAGCAACAUCAAUUGUUGCAGCCGCAGCAGCUACAACGGCCGUCACACGGGAUUGUUGUGCUUGCUGCGGUAUCGCCGCCUUCGCGUUGGCAGCACCAGCCCGCGCUGCAGCAGGAGCGGCCGCCGUCGCAGUGUGCGCAGCAGCCGCAUGAGGGACUGCAGUACCAGCAGGCGUCGAGUGGGCCCGAUAUGAGCCGACUUCCCAGGUUUGGUCCGUCCAUGCCUGCCACGAACUCGACCUAUGAGUGGAUUAUGCACGUGUGCACGGCGCUGGUGCUGACGCCCGACUCCACCGGCCGCCUCGCGGCGCACAUCUUUCACCGUGUCGAGGACGCGGUUCGGUUGAUGGUGGCGGCGCGGCCUUACGCUGGGCCGGGCCGGCGCGACGACGGGGCUGGUGGUGCCAGCGGCAUGGCGGCCGCGGAGCGCGUGUACGGCAUGGCGGCCAUCUGGAUUGCGGCCAAGCUUGAGGAGCGGCGCAGGGAGAUGCCAAGGGCAAGCAGCCUGGCGGCGGUGGUGAGGACUACCCCGGGCGUGCUGGCGGCCGUGGAGCUGCGCAUCCUGCAGUGGGUCGACUGGGCGCCCCUGGAAGGAUUCGUGCCCGAUGACUCGCACCUGUUGACGUGGGGCCCCUGCUGAGCUGCGUGCUGGCGAGGUGGUUCAUUGUGCGGGGACUUGUCCAGGUGAAAACCGUGAGAUGUGUAGGUGUCAUGGCUGGCUGCGCUUCCUGACCAACUCAGUAUGAGUACUUGGGUAGCUCUAUCAUAGUAGUUAAGUGAGAUGACUCCGUUUUUAUGAAGCAGGGAACACGUAAUCGCCGCUCUUAAUUUCUAAUGCAUGAAGUGCAUGGUGUGACAGGGAUGAAUGAUUGCUUGUGGCCGCACAUGUGUGCAUCGUUUGCGUGUGCAAAGUAUAACAAACGAGUGAGCAGCAUCAUUCUUGUCAUGUCCCCUUCAGAUCCAGGUAGGAUGGGAUGUAGCCAGUUGUAGGGUAGGCCGUUAGCUUGGCGUGCGCCCGACAUAUAAUGUAGCGUGAUCGUAACUGGCGCGGUUGCAAGCCGAAUAAGCACGACUGCGAGGAAAUUCGGCCUUUGAUUUGUGUUGUUCAGGCCAGACGUGUUGCUACUAUGAGCGUUGCAGGGGCGGCCCUUAGCUAGGGGCAUGCGUGCAUGCGCCGGCGGGCGCUGCCAGGACGACGUAUGGACAUAAGGGCCAUAUGCCGUUCUUCCCAUCGCAGUUUUUGUUCCAGAGAAGAAGCUAACCCCAGCUGGCGGCAGUCUUGUGACGGUGCAAGGGCCCUGGUAUACGCGAGAAAGAACUUGCAGCAUCAUUCUUGAGCGGGAUAGUACUGGGACUCUUGAUACGGUACAUGCGAUUGCAGGACUGUUUGUAUGGAGAAGCUCUGAGGUAACGGGUAUGGGCUUGAGCAUGUGCACGGUAUGGAGCGUCGCGUGAUUGCCGUGUGUAGGUAACCGAAGUUGGCUUCCUCGUAAGCGUUGCUGACAUUGCCCUUGUCCGCGAUCCCUUGAAGCAGCAGAAUGGUUUCUCUAGAUACGUAGGGGAUUGGGUGACGCUUCAUGCGAUGCGGCCUUUUGGCCAUGCUUGAAGGUGCAUGAUUUUGUCGUGGGCCGUGGCCGUCAGGUCCAGGGGACGUGUUCCGGUUUGGACCUGGCCAAAGCCCACCCACCGUUCUAGCACAUUCUGUUUUAUUUUAUGUUCACCUUGAAGCGUGGCAUGGUCAGCAAAAACUGUGCUGACGUGGGCCGGAAAAGGCGUGGGAGCAAUGGUGUGACGGAGACAGUGGGGCACAUGAGGCCACUUAUCACCUUCGGAGUAGAUGUGGUCUAGGGGAGUUGCGGCUUCGAGUGUUGAUACGGCACCGCUGAAGGAGACGCGUGUGCACAGGAUGUGAAGGGACCACCGUGAAACGUGGCGCCCGUGACCGUGAAACAUGGCAUCCCCAGAUGCCCCCGGGUUGCUGGACAGUGACACAGUCCGACACAGCUGGCGAGGAUGGCUAUAAACCUGGUCGCGUU